UGCGCGGCUUGCCAGUCCAGAGCCAAGAUCGCUCAGGCUGGCGAAGUAUGAACGCCAAGGUGCUGCGAUACUGCGCAUUUCCCGGCAUUCGCUACGUGCUUUACGUCUUCGUCUCGCCCGACAUGCAAGGGCCAGCCCCAGACCUCGUGCCUCCGAUUCCGAUUCCGGGCGACACUCGUAUCGUGCUGGACAGUCGUCGGCUCUUGGCGCUGCCUAACGACAAGGCUCUUCCCGGGCGCUUUCCCGCCAAGUUGGUCCUUGAUUUGAACCCGAUCUUGGAAGACGCCUCGCUCGAGAAUACGGAGUGAUGACCUCGUCUCGUCUUGGACCCGACUCUGCGACCGUAAUCAAAACAACAUCUAGUUUGC